AUGAAAAGUCGGGACGAUUCACAAAUUAUCACAAUUCCUACACCGAGGUGCCUACCAUCACUUGUCAGAGAGUUCAAAGACCGUCGAACUGGCAUCAUCAAAGCUCUCACCACCGGAAUAGGGCCCCUCCGUCUCUAUGGACUUCGUAAUGGAACAUGGGAAGUCAAGCCGCCUGUUGGGCGGGCACCUCCUGAGUUUCCUGAGCCAGUCUUGGGUAUAAAUCUCCUUAGAGAUCAGAGACAAGAAAAGGAUUGGUUAUCAUAUAUUGCAGUUUGCAGUGACGCAUGGCUUGUAUCUAUUGUACUCUACUCCGCUGUAUACUGUGGACAUAAAAAGGAAUCAAGGGAAACACUAUUCGAUGAUAUCAAUGAUCUUCCAACGGUACUUGAAGUAGUAACCGAAGCUAUUCAGGCAAAGGAACUGGCUGCUGCUGAUAACAAUCGGAGAUUUAGCCAGAGAAUAGAUGAAAUAUUACAAGAGGAACCAAUUGUAAUGGGGAAUGAAAUAAUUCCAUACGUUCAAGUUCAAUCUCCGAAUCCAAUAAUAGUGGAGGAUGAAAUAUUUGAACAGGAGGAUCCAAUAAUAAUGGGGAAUGAAAUAAUUCCAUAUGAUCAAAUUCAACCUCCAAAUCCAGUAAUAAUGGUGGCUGAAAUAACUCAACAGGUUCAGGUUGAAUAUGAGGAUCCUGAUCAUUGGAGAAUCAAGAAAGUGUUGAAAAAAAGUGAUGUAGAUUGUUCCUCGAGACUCUUGAUCGGAAGAAACCCAGUGUUGACACAUAUUGCACCUUUCUUUACAAACGAUCCAUCUGAAUUUUGCCAGAAUAAUGAGGGACUAAGGGUCAGAGUUUUUGAUGUCAACACGAGUACAGAGCACAUGCUGAUGCUUAAAAAAUGGAAGACUAACAGUUUUGUACUGUUGGGUAAAUGGAAGACAAACUUUGUGAACAGGAGGAAACUCGAGGAGAACGAUGAGGUGGGGCUUAGAUGGGAUGUUAACUCUUCAAGAUUGGAAUUUGCUGUGCUUAGAAGGCACCAGCAUGAGGAAUGA